AUGCUUGACACAAAGGCUUGGGCUGAGCGCGCUGUGGAAUGGGCUGCAAAGGACCCAGAUGGCUUCCUUGCAACAGUUAUUUCGGCCCUUACUCCACUGUUUCUAGCACGCGCUGUACUGUCUUGGAAGCUGGCCAAGAUGACUGAGGCCAGGGGAAAGGAGCAAAAGAAAACACAAAAACGCCAAGAAAAUACUGCAAAAACGAAACGACUGAAAAAGGACUGA